AUAUGAAGCCAUUAUGGACAUAUGAAACUAGGAGGGUGAGGUGAUAUGCUCUAGUUCCUUUUUGGUCCUUUGGCCUCACUUCAGUGUUCACAAAUCUGAGACUGACUGGAUAAUUUAGUCUAUGGCUUCACCUAGGGAUUGUUGGAGCCUUUUCCCUAUAUUUCCCCAUCCAGUUUUGUAAACCCCAAAGAGAACCCUCUGGGGAAAAGGGUAAUAGAGUAGGCAGAAAAGGAAAUGUGUUGUAGCCCUCCUCACUGUUUCUGGAUCAGUUCUUGGUCUAUUUUCUGGGGCUUAUUCAGAGGAUUGAAACGUUUGACAUCGAAAUACAACGUAAAAGACCAAGAACAUGCGGUUAUCAUUAGAAACGGCAGGGAGCAGUGUAUUCUCAAAAUGUUUAUCUGCAGAGGUCUAGGCGUUUGAACACACCCCUGUCAAACUUGUACCAGUGGGGCGGAGGACAGCCUAAACUUAACUUGAGGAGACGGUGCCACGGAAGUAGGCUACAAAGUAACAGUUUGGCAGAUGACAUUGCAAGCAGAAAAAGGGGGAAAUGUCUUCGGGGUACAAAUCUUGGAUACUGCUUACAGGUUUUAUACUGUUCUAUGUUGCUUAUCUGUUGCUCGGAGCGCUCGUUUUCUCCACCAUCGAACGGCCGGUGGAGGACAAACUAAGAAGUGACAUACAAGUCCUGAAAGAAGAGUUUCUUAACCAAAGUUGCGUCAAUGCAACAUCACUUGAAAACUUUUUGGAGAAAGUUUUACAAGCCAAUAAGUAUGGAAUAUCUAUCCUUCCGAAUUCUUCUGCGAGUUCAAAUUGGGACUUUGCUUCCUCUUUGUUCUUCGCCAACACUUUAGUAACGACAGUCGGAUAUGGGCACACUACGCCCCUGUCGGACACCGGCAAAGCCUUCUCCAUCUUCUAUGCCCUACUGGGAGUGCCCUUCACCAUGCUGGUGCUCACCGCCUGCGUCCAGAGGCUCAUGCACCCGGUGACCUACGGGCCCAUCGACAUGUGCCGCCAGAGGAUCGGCCUGGACCCUCUCACCGCCACUGCCGUCCACUUUGCAAUCCUGCUGCUGCUGGUGGUGCUGGGAUUCUUUGUGGUACCCGCCAUGGUUUUCAGCCACAUCGAGGACACCUGGUCCUUCCUGGACGCCAUAUACUUCUGCUUCAUCACGCUGUGUACCAUCGGCCUGGGCGACUACGUGCCCGGCGAGAAGCCCGGACAGAAGUUCAGGUCGCUCUAUAAGAUCUCUGUGAUGGUGUACCUGUUUCUCGGGCUGAUGAUGAUGUACCUGGUCCUGCGUGCCUUCCACCGGAUGGCCGACCUGCAUGGCCUGACUUCUUUCUUCCAGCUCCCCCACUGUGACGAGGAUACAGAGGAGGAUAAGGAGCCCAUUAUCGAGGCCGACCCUGAGGACCAGCAUGAGGCAGAGGCCUCGGCCAAGCCCCUGGAUCCAGCCUCCCAGACCUCCUAUAACACCAUCAACCGAUAAGGACUCACUCCACUCUGGACCGUUCUCCUUUACAUAAGUCAGGUGAAACAGCUAUACAGUCACUGUUUUACAGAAACACGGGAUGAGUUGAAAACCUGACCAUACUUAGGCACCAAAGACUAUCGUUACUGCUGUGAGGCAACUCACGGCUCAGGUCAGACCUUCCUGCUACGACAGCUCAACUGAACCAAAAAGAAACAGAACUCUACAGAUGUCCCAGUGCACCCAGUUAACACUUGGCAAGGGUUGUUCGUCAAGGUGGGAGAAGGUUGUUGUUCCAUAACCUGUAGAGAACACUUCUGGUUGGGACUGAUGAGGAUUAUUUGUCAAUUUUUUUAUGUUUCAGACCAAAAUGCAUAUAUAUAUAUAUAUAUGUGUGUGUGUGUGUGUGUGUGUGUGUGUGUGUGUGUGUGUGUGUGUGUGUGUGUGUGUGUGUGUGUGUGUGUGCGUAUAUGUAUAUAUAUCAUAUACAGAUAUUUUCUUGUGGAUGUAUUUUCAUGUACACUUUUGUGGUUUCAGGUCAGAGUUGAUCAAGGAAGGUCGUACAGAAAUAUUGAUGUUUCAAAAUCAAACAAACUCAUUAUAGUGGCCAUCUUUGAAAGAGUUUGUUGCCCCUCCCCAGUAAUUAAGUGAAAAAGCCAUUGCUUGAGACUUUGUCUUGAGUCAUAUGAUGGAGCACAUUCCCAGGACCCCCAUGGCUUUGUUUUUGCCUGUUGUGUAACAUGAUCUUGUAUUUCAAAUACAUUAAGUAUAUCAUCUGAAGGAUAACAAAUUUAGGGAAUAAAAGGAUUUAAAAUAAAAACGAAGUAUCUGUG